AUGGGUGGUUCUCUUCUCACGUGUUGUCUCUCAAUGGAGAACCAUCAUCAUCCUUCAACACUAUUGUCAAUGGAUUCAAGUGCAUGUUCUCAUGAUGAGCUUGAUUUGGAGAUGAAUAGACAGAUCAUACUCUCUCGUCCGCCGGAUAUCAAUUUGCCCCUUUCUGCGCAGCAGCCGUGGAGUUCUGAUCCUUGUGAUAUUUUGGAUGUUGGACUUGGUACUCAAGGAGGGUAUGAGACGGAGAGUUUGCUUAACCUUCCGAAAGCGGUAAAGAAAUGCUCGAAGCGUGUUGAUAGCAUCUGGGGUGCUUGGUUUUUUUUCAGAUUUUAUUUUAAGCCCGUUUUGCUUGAGAAAUCGAAGGCAAAAGUUGUUAGGGAUGAUAACAAUGGUGUUUCGGGGUUUGAUAAAACGGAUCUGAAUAAUGAUGUUUUUAUGGUUCAGCAUGAUUUGGAAAAUAUGUAUAUGUGGGUUUUUAAGGAGAGGCCGGAGAAUGCGUUGGGUAAGAUGCAGCUGAGGAGUUACAUGAACGGACAUUCUCGCCAAGGGGAACGACCAUUUCCUUUUAGUGUUGACAAGGGUUUUGUUCGGUCUCAUAGGAUGCAAAGGAAGCAUUACAGAGGACUUUCAAAUCCUCAGUGUUUGCAUGGUAUUGAAGUUGUUACGUCGCCUAAUCUUUCAAGUCUUGACAGGGAUGAGCAGAAGAAGUGGAUGGAACUCACUGGCCGUGAUUUGAAUUUCAUAAUUCCGGUUGAAGCAAGCGAUUUCAGCUCAUGGAGGAAUCUUCCCAACACAGAUUUUGAGCUUGAGAGACCACCUCCCCCAAUCAAGAGUGCUCCAGUGCCUCACUCGAAGAAGCUGCUCAAUGAAUCUGGGCUGAAUUUAUCUACUCAUAUGUCGAACGGUGAUGCGGCUGACUUGUCUCCUAUCAGUAGCAAGAAAAGGAAGGACUUUUUUCUUACAGGUAAUGAUGAAGAAUGUUAUUUGUCUGUUAAUCCUUCAUCUGAUCGGAUUCCGGAUUUGGAAAUGCACCCUAGUGAACAACACUGGUUGAAUGAGUUUAGCGGGGUGAUGAAGAACGUCUGUGGACCGGCUACGGCUGCAAAAACAAUUUACGAAGAUGAACAAGGCUACUUGAUCAUUAUCAGUUUGCCUUUUGUGGAUCUUCCUAGUGUCAAAGUUUCUUGGAGGAAUACUCUCACUCACGGUAUCAUAAAAGUUUCUUGUGUGAGUACAUCGCGAAAGCCAUUUAUCAAGAGAAGUGAUAGGACAUUCAAGCUCACAGAUCUAUCCUCAGAGCACUGCCCCCCUGGAGAAUUUAUUCGAGAAAUCCCUCUUUUGACUCGCAUUCCUGAAGAUGCCAACAUUGAAGCGUACUAUGACGGACCAGGAUCAGUGCUUGAGAUCAUGGUGCCUAAACUUCGUCCAGGAUCAGAAGAGCAUGAAGUCCGUGUUUGCCUCCGUCCUAAUCUCGGUGGCAACCUAGAUGGUAACGAUCUCAUGUUGACUUGA